AUGGAGAUGCUAAAGAAAAUACAUGUCAACAUUCCAUUUUGUGAAGCUCUUGAACAUAUGCCUAUUUAUGCAAAUUUCAUGAAAGAGCUCUUAUUGGGAAAGCGUAAGUUGAAAGAUGAUGAAAACAUCGCUUUAGCACAAGAGUGUAGAGCAAUCAUCAAGAGGAAGCUUCCACUUAAACUAACUAAUCCAGGAGCUAACAUCAAUCUGAUGUCGCGGUCCAUGAUGAGGAAGUUAAAAUGUAGUGAGCCAAAACUGACGCAUAUAACGCUAACAUUAGUAGAUAGAUCGAUCACACACCCUUAUGGGAUUAUUGAAGAUGUUCUUGUGAGAGUUGAUAACUUAGUAUUCCCAACAUAUUUUGUGAUUCUAGACAUGCCUAAGGAUCUGAGACGCCAUUAA